GCUAUUCGAGCUAUUCAUGGUCCAAAUGAAUUUGAAGUAGAUGCAAAGGAAUCUAUCUUGAAGAAGUUCUUGGCUCAAUUUUAUGAAAGUCCUCUUAAUUUACUCUUAUUAGGAUCAGCGGGAAUAAGUUUAGUAGUUGGAAAUACUGAUGACGCGAUCAGUAUCACAAUAGCGAUCAUCAUUGUGGUCACUGUUGGUUUCAUUCAAGAACAUCGAUCAGAAAAAUCUCUUGCUGCUCUCAAUAAACUUGUACCACACUUUUGUCAUCUAACUCGUGAUGGACAACCUCAAACACUUUUAGCCAAUGUACUAGUACCAGGUGAUCUGGUGACCUUUUCGGUGGGUGAUCGAAUCCCAGCCGAUAUUCGAAUCACCAAAGCCAAUAAUCUCGAGAUCGAUGAGAGUACGAUGACGGGCGAAACGAAACCGGUGAAGAAACACACAGCCCCAAUCAUCACCAACGGUCGUUUACCUAGUAUAUCAGAACGUGCAAAUAUAGCCUUGAUGGGAACACUCGUUAAAGCAGGCAACGGAUCAGGAAUCGUGAUCGGUACAGGUAUCGCCACCGAAUUCGGAGUCGUUUUUGGUAUGAUGCAAGAAGUAGAAGAUCGUAAAACUCCAUUACAAUUAUCAAUGGAUGAAUUAGCCAAAAAACUAUCAGCAAUUUCAUUUGUAGUGAUUGGUUUGAUUUGUUUAAUUGGAGUUUGGCAAAAGAGAGGAUGGUUAGAGAUGUUCACAGUUGGAGUCUCACUCGCGGUAGCAGCUAUUCCUGAAGGUCUUCCCAUCGUCGUCACCGUCACUUUGGCAUUAGGAGUGUUGAGGAUGUCAAAGAGGAAAGCGAUUGUCAAAAAACUACAUUCAGUUGAAACUCUAGGUUCGGUUUCGGUGAUAUGCUCAGAUAAGACCGGUACCCUCACUACCAACCAAAUGACAGUCACCCAAAUCUUCACAAUUGAUGAUGGCUCAUUAGAAAUUGACGCACUAGUUGGACCGAAUGCUACCAUGUUCAAAUUAUCAGAAGUGAUUUUAAAGACCUUACAAAUCUCAAACCUUUGUGUAAAUGCAUAUCGAAAUCCGGAUGGAGUGAAUGUGGGUCCAAGUACUGAAGUAGCACUUUUAAAUGUUUUAACACUUUUAGGAAUUGAAGAUUGUCGAACACAAUUUGUAAGGAAAUCAGAGAUCCCUUUUAGUUCUGAUGCCAAGUAUUCUUCGGUGACUGGUUCUUUUAAUCAAGAUUCAACUGAAAUUCAUCAAGCAUAUAAUCAUACAUCACCUAUUUCAAGACCACCUGUGUCAACCAUCAAUGAUCGUGAAACGUGUUAUAUAAUCGGUGCCCCUGAAGUAGUUUUAGCUCGAUGUAAAUUUUAUCUUAAAUCGGAUUCCAUCACGAUGGGCUUGGGAGAGGACUCAACUCGAGAAAGGAUUAUUCAAGAGGCAGAAAGGAUGGCUAAAGGCGGGUUGAGAGUUUUAGCGAUGGCCUAUGGUUUCGAUUUCGAUCAUCUCAUCUUCACAGGUCUUCAGGGUAUGACGGAUCCACCUCGAAAAGGAGUCUCUGAUUCUGUUGCAGCUCUUCAACGAGGUGGUGUUCAGGUGGUCAUGAUCACGGGUGACUCUGAAUUCACAGCCUUGGCUAUUUCUCGACAACUUGGGAUUCGUGCUAAUUCGGGUACAACUAGUUGUAUGACUGGCCAAGAGAUUGAUCAACUCACCCCUCGAGAACUUAUCGAUCGGGUCAAAAAUACAAGUGUGUUUGCUCGAGUCACUCCACGACAUAAGAUGUCUAUCAUCGAAGCUUUUCAAGCUCAUGGAUUGAUUGUAGCCAUGACAGGAGAUGGUGUGAAUGAUGCACCAGCCUUGAGGAUGGCAGAUAUCGGAAUCUCAAUGGGUAAAGGUGCAACAGAUGUGGCCAAAGAAGCAGCUGAUCUUAUCUUGGUGGAUGAUAAUUUUUCAACCAUCUUACCUGCCAUUGAAGAAGGCAAGACGAUCUUUUAUAAUAUUCAAAACUUUUUGGGAUUUCAACUUUCAACGGCUGUGGCUGCACUUAGUUUGAUUACCAUUUCGACCCUUUUGGGAUUACAAGCACCACUGAAUGCCAUGCAAAUCCUAUUUAUCAAUAUUUUAAUGGAUGGACCUCCUUCACAAUCACUUGGAGUAGAUCCAGUACAUCAAGCUGUUAUGAACCGACGACCUCGAUCCAAAAAUGCAGCUGUGCUUACCACUCGAUUACUUUAUCGGAUCGGAUUCUCAGCUACGAUGAUAAUUUGUUGUACAUUGUUUAUUUAUUUAUUUAAUUUAGAAGGACCUAGUGCUGGAUCAAGAGAUCAAACGAUGACCUUUAGUUCAUUUGUUUUUUUAGAUUUAGUUUCAGCAUUACAAAACCGAGGAUUAAAUGUGGAUCUAUAUAAUCCAAUCUUAUUAGCUACUGUCUCAGUUUCGGUCUUAAGUCAACUUGGGAUUGUUUAUUUACCAUUUCUUCAAUCAGUCUUUCAAACUCAAGCUCUUAGUUUUAAAGACCUUUUAACUUUGAUUGGAUUGGUUUGUUUUAGUUUUUUUGGACAUGAGAUUAGAAGAAGGUAUGAAAGA